CUGCCGACCCAUGUGGCUGAUUGGACCACCUUCCCAGAGGAGGAAGAGGAUGAUGACAAUGAUGAUGAUGGACGAGCGACUGGAGACACCCUCGGCGCGCGCACUCGUCACCCACCCGGGCAGGGUGCACAGCAUCGAGGCCAUCCUGGGCUUCAAGGAGGACCUCCUGUUCCAUAAAUCGGCCGAUUGCAGCCCGGCAGAUAAAGUUGGGGGCAAACACGCGGAGGGGCGCAACGUUCAAGUCAAUCAGAAAAGUCUAUUCAUGGAAAGUUUGGACGGCGUGUGCUGUCCAAGCGGUGCGGUUGGACCUGCGGGUGCCGAUUUGGGUGACGCGCCAUGUCCCGAUUCCCCAGAACGGGAGAGCUGCAAGUUAUCGGACGACGAGAACCCCAAGAAGAAGCAUCGCCGGAAUCGGACCACUUUCACCACUUUCCAGCUGCACGAACUCGAGCGAGCCUUUGAAAAGUCGCACUACCCGGACGUGUACAGUCGAGAGGAGCUGGCCCUCAAAGUCAACCUGCCAGAAGUCCGAGUUCAGGUUUGGUUCCAGAACCGCAGGGCCAAGUGGCGUCGUCAGGAAAAGCUUGAAGUGAGCUCCAUCAAGCUUCAGGAAACCACCGCCGCCUCCUCCUUGCUGUCCUUCGGCCGCCCAGCCGCCACGGGGCUGCAGCUGGACCCCUGGUUCACCACCCCCGUUGGGGCCUCCGCCACCCUUCAGUCGCUCCCAGGGUUCAUGGGCGGCGGCGCCUUCUCCGCCUCGCCUCCUCCUUCCGUGCCAUCAUCCUUCCUCAACGCACCUGCCCUUGGGCACCCCCCUCACCUGCCCCGGAUGGGCUCCAUGUGCCCCGCGCAGUUGUCUGCUUACCAGUGCUCAUCCGACCCGAGAAACUCCAGCAUUGCCUCGUUGAGGAUGAAAGCCAAAGAACACAUUCAGUCUAUCGGCAAAACGUGGUGAUGGAUGCUGCGUCUGUGUUUUGGAAAACAUUCGAGAUUGGAAAGCCAGUGCUGCUACGGCAACUGCCUGACAAGCACAAACUGUGAAAAUGUUUUUAUACUGUAGUUCUCAGAUUUCAGUUCAUUCACUCUCAUUUUUACACGUAGCCACAAGCAUUAUCUAUUUAUUUUACACUUUGACAAGUACACAAAAUCCUUUCGGUUUCUUCUUCAGCAUAAAACCCAUCUAAUUUGAAUAUUUUCAAGACAAUAAACUUUAUAUGUAAAACCAAAACAAUAAUGGAGUUGCAGAAUUGUAUAUAGUGAACUUUCCAUGGUAACGGGGCAAUUUGGGAUUUUUAGAGCAGUUUCUCCUGCAAAAAUUACAGGAAAACAAGGGCGGAACUUAAGGGAGUGCUGGGGGUGCGACCGUACCCGGGCCGCUAAGGGCGUAAAGUGGGCGUGAUUGGGUGAGGGGAGGGUCAAACAGAAAGAUAAAAUGAUGCGCGGACCUGUAAUAUUGUGUUACAGGCAGGGGUGAAAGUGGGCCAGAACGGUCAGGAACGCAGUUCCGGUAUAAGAUUCAGGGCCGGCAUUGGCUGACAUUCUGACAUGUGAUCAGCAGAGAUGGUUAGCUCUGAUUGGUUCAAAUGUACAUGUUUUCUGGAACAGCAAAAAAUAAAAGCUUGUUGAAUUGAUGCGACAUAAAAAGAGCAAUGCAACAUAAAAUGGAUCAAAUCUUUAAGAGCAACAAGAGUUGAGGAGCCUUAUCUAUCAUAUUUAGUUUUAUUUACACUGAUGGGGAGGUUCAGAACAUCUUAGCUGUCAAUGUGCACUUUGGAUUUAUAUUUGUUCAUUUAUGUUGGGCUAUUCAUCCAUUUCCUUAUGAUUUAAAAAAAAAAAAAGUCAAUGUUGGCGCAAUCUACAAAAUAUAUUCCAUUUCACUCUGCAUAAUAUAAGUCAUUUGUACUUAUUUUUCUGAAUGUAUGUUACUUAUAUCUUUAUUAUUAUUAUUUAAAAAAAAGUAAAUGUUCACAUUAACUUCAAAUUUAAUAUAUAUCCUAUGUUCUUAAGUAGUUAAAAUUGAGAUUUGGCAUUUAGUAUGUGAGGAAAUGAGGGAAAAUAAAAAUUAGGAGCUGGAGG